AUGGGCUAUUUUUAGGGGUUGACUGGUAGCAGAUAAGUGUUGAGCUCCGGCUGGAUAAGGGCUCAGAGUUGCACUGAGUGUGGCUGAAGCGGCGAGGCGGCAGUGGAGGUGCGCGGACUAAGGCAAACAGACUUAGGCAGACAGACAGCCAGGACGGCAGUGGAAUCCGAUCUGCAAAUCUUUAUUAUUUUCUCAUCAACUGCCUAGAGCCAGCGCCUGUGGCUCCCACGCUGCUGUUUUGGGAGCGCCUGGAGAGCCCCUUCUCCUGCCGCCCCCGGAGAAGAGCCCCGUUGCCCGGGAGCUACUGACAGUGUGAAGAGCAGAGACUGCCCGCGCAGAGAAGUCGGUGAGCGGUUGCAGCAGCAAGUAACUUUCCUGGCCUGGAGGACCGGGGACAAGUGGCCCCGGGUCCCAGAGCGAACUUUUGCAAAUCUUUUUCUGCGCCGUAGGCUGCCGCGGCGGCAGUAAAGAAAAGGCAGCGGAGGGAGAGAAGGGACCUGAGCUCAGCUUCGCUCGCACCGGUUGCUGAACUUGGGCAAGCGCGAGCCGCGGCCGCCGGGAGUCCCCCUCCCCCUUUCAGCGGAGGAGGGGUCAGUCGUCAGAUCGGGUGGCCGAGACCCGCCGCUGCGGACGCCGCGCUGACCAGCGCCAUCGGAUAGCCGCUGUCCCGAGGAGGCGAGUUCGUCUGCGGGCUCCGAGGACCCGCUGCGCCCGAAGAGCGCUCAGUGAGUGACCGCGACUUUUCAAAGCCCGGCUGCGCGCGCGAGCAGACAAGUAAGAGUGCAGGCGGCGUCUUAACCCUGUGCUCCCUGGAGCGAGCUGGGGAAGAGAGCUCUGGGGGAAGGACAGCCAGAGAGAGCGCGCGGUCUUAGAGAGAAACUUUCCUUGCCAAAGACCCCGGGAGGCGCGGGUUCCCCCGCUUGCCAGCGCGCUGUUGGGGUCCCGAAACUUCUGCGCCCAGCCCAAACUAACCUCACGUGAAGUGACGGACUGUUCUAUGACUGCAAAGAUGGAAACGACCUUCUACGACGAUGCCCUCAACGCCUCGUUCCUCCAGUCCGAGAGCGGCGCCUACGGCUACAGUAACCCCAAGAUCCUGAAACAGAGCAUGACCCUGAACCUGGCGGACCCGGUAGGCAGCCUGAAGCCGCACCUCCGCGCCAAGAACUCGGACCUCCUCACCUCGCCCGACGUGGGUCUGCUCAAGCUGGCAUCACCCGAGCUGGAGCGUCUUAUUAUUCAGUCCAGCAACGGGCACAUCACCACUACGCCGACCCCCACCCAGUUCCUGUGCCCCAAGAACGUGACCGAUGAGCAGGAGGGCUUUGCCGAGGGCUUCGUGCGCGCGCUGGCUGAACUGCACAGCCAAAACACGCUACCCAGCGUCACAUCCACGGCCCAGCCGGUCAGCGGGGCGGGAAUGGUGGCUCCCGCGGUGGCCUCGGUGGCGGGCGGCAGCGGCAACGGCGGCUUCAGCGCCGGCCUGCACAGCGAACCGCCGGUCUACGCCAACCUCAGCAACUUCAACCCCGGCGCCCUGAGCAGUGGCGGCGGGGCGCCUUCCUACGGCGCGGCCGGCCUGGCCUUUCCCGCGCAGCCCCAGCCGCAACAGCCGCCACCGCAGCCACCGCACCACCUGCCCCAGCAGAUCCCUGUGCAGCACCCGCGGCUGCAGGCCCUGAAGGAGGAGCCGCAGACGGUGCCCGAGAUGCCUGGCGAAACCCCGCCCCUGUCCCCCAUCGACAUGGAGUCCCAGGAGCGGAUCAAGGCGGAGAGGAAGCGCAUGAGGAACCGCAUCGCCGCCUCCAAAUGCCGGAAAAGGAAGCUGGAGAGGAUCGCCCGGCUGGAGGAAAAAGUGAAAACCUUGAAAGCGCAAAACUCGGAGCUGGCGUCCACGGCCAACAUGCUCAGGGAACAGGUGGCACAGCUUAAACAGAAAGUCAUGAACCAUGUUAACAGUGGGUGCCAACUCAUGCUAACGCAGCAGUUGCAAACGUUUUGAAGAGAGACUGUCGGGGCUGAGGGGCAACGGAGAAAAAAAAAUAACAGAGACAGACUUGAGAACUUGACAGGUUGCGCCAGAGAGAAAAAAAGAAGUGUCCGAGGACUAAAGCCAAGGGUAUCCAAGUUGGACUGGGUUGCGUCCUGACGGCGCCCCCAGUGUGCACGAGUGGGAAGGACUUGGCGCGCCUUGACUUGGCGAGCGGCCAGGGAGCGGCCGCCUGCGGGCUGUCCCGCUUUGCGGACGGGCUGUCCCCGCGCGAACAGAAAGAUAGACUUUUCUUUAACAUUGACCAAGAACUGCAUGGACCUAACAUUCGAUCUCAUUCAGUAUUAAAGGGGGGCGGGGGUUACAAACUGCAAUAGAGACUGUAGAUUGCUUCUGUAGUACUCCUUAAGAACACAAAGAGCGGGGAGGGCUGGGAAGGGGAGGAGGGAGGGAGGUUUGUGAGGGUGAGGCUGAGCCUACCGAUGAACUCCUGGCCUGCCUUCGUCCACUGUGUAUGUACAUAUAUAUUUUUUAAUUUGAUGAAAGCUGAUUACUGUCAAUAAACAGCUUCCUGCCUUUGUAAGUUAUUUCAUGUUUGUUUGUUUGGGUGUUCUGCCCAGUAUUGUUUGUAAAUAAGAGAUUUGGAGCACUCUGAGUUUACCAUUUGUAAUAAAAUAUAUAAUUUUUUUAUGUUUUGUUUCUGAAAAUUCCGGAAAGGAUAUUUAAGAAAAUGCAAUAAAAUAUUGAAAAGUAACCCCCCCCAACCUCUUUUCUGCAUUAUCUAUAGAUAAAGACACUAGACGAGUAAGAGUUGAGUGUCAACUAAAAUCACUCACAGUGCUUCUUGCUGUCAAGCAGUGAAAACUAUUCUCUGUUAGACUUUAGAAAUAAACCACCUGAUGCUACCAUCAGGUUGUACUCGUCUGUCCCCCAGUGUAUUUAUAGAGCCGCUUACCAGAGGAUAGUGUAAUGUGUUUCAGGAGGCUGGAGGAAGGGGGGUAUAGUGCAGAGGUGCAGCCCACUGGCAAGUCAAACACUUUAAAGUUUUGGAUUGUAGCAAUUGGUAUGCACUCUGAUCAUUUAUAAUGUUAGUAGAAAUUUAACAACAGAUGCUUAUUCUUAAAACAGGAACUCAUGGCAGGUUUUACAAAAGGUGUAUCCUUCCAAUUUGGAAUCUUCACUUUAACAAUUCCUAGAUAAAGAAGAUGGCCUUUGCUUAUGAAUAUUUAUGACAGCAUUCUUGUCACAAUAAAUGUAUUCAAAUACCAAAAA